AAAAAUCCGACGAGCUCCACUCCAUCCUCGACCCAAACAUUGAUUUACUCACAACUCAUAAAAUCUCCUUGCGUCCAAAACGACAAACCAAAACUCCUCUAUAUCUCACUCUCUCUCUCUUAUCAGAAACUAAAAGUCUAAACUGCAUGGCUGCGCCUCCACUUGUGCGAGGCAUGCCUCUUCUUCGCCUCCGUCUCCGCCUUCACAACCACCAUCGACUCACACUCAAUUUGUUUGCGCCUCGACCGCAUCCUCUCUGCUCAUCAGCCUCUUCUGGACUGACAACGUCCGAGGAAGAUGUAUUGUCAUCGGCAACUCAAUUGUUGAGGGUUAAACAACCUCCUAAGUUGUUUGAUAGGAUUGAUGAUGCUAAUUAUCGUAAAUGGAAAGAUAAAGAAGAUCAAAUUUUAAGGGAUAUUGAGCCUAUUACUCUUCUUGCCAAAGAUAUUAUCCACUCUGAUAGGUACAUGGAUGGGCAACGCCUUAUGCCUGAUGAUGAGAAAGCUGUUAUGCAGAGACUGCUUGCUUACCAUCCUCAUUGUGAAGAUAAAAUUGGAUGUGGACUGGAUUCAAUUAUGGUUGACCGACAUCCCCAAUUUAGACAAUCAAGGUGUCUGUUUGUUGUAAGAACAGAUGGUGGAUGGAUUGACUUCUCUUACCAGAAAUGUCUACGGGAGUAUAUUCGGAAAAAAUACCCCUCUUAUGCUGAAAGAUUUAUACGGGAACAUUUUAAACGUAGCAGUGGUUAAUGGUUCAAGGCGUCUUGGCACAAACAGUUUUUGCUGUCUGAACCUGAUGACUAAUGCUGUAACAAGGGAGGUUUCAACCAAUUUUCCGUUUGGUCGGUCGUUAAGUUUCCCUUUUAUUGCUGGUAAUACAGCCUGCUUGUAGCCACUGUUAUGGUAGAUAAUAUUUCUCGACUGUCAGUAGCUGUUUAUGUAAUUGUUGAGUGAGAAAGUCAUCCAAAGAGCGUUUUGUUGACUUCCAUCAAUCCUGUGAUGGGUCAUGGGUUCUGCAAAGUUGACACUGGAAGUCGUCAGACUGCUUGUAGAUUUCAAGUUUAUUGGACCCACUUUUAGGAAGGAUGUGGAUAUGUGAAUGUAUCGAACACAAUGAUUUUUCUCUGAUGCAAUUAAUGUACAUAUUAGGAGGAAUAUGGUUUUAGGUA